ACGUGACUGUAUGAUCUGGGCACAUGCGCUGGCACCUCGAUCAGACGGGAUGCGCGAUGCGCGAGCUCUGAAGACGACUGGGCGAUAAUCAGAGAUUUUUUUUUUAUUAUUGCUGGAACCCUGGUGAGAACCUUGUAUCGAGCUGACAGCCUGGACUCUCGCACUCUGUCUUGGGCGUGAACCUACACACACACACACACAUACACACACAUACACGCGCGCGCGCACACACACACACACACACACACACACAGCGGCGGCGGCGGCACGUUAGAGGGUGUCGAGACGAGAGUGAGUCGGGCAACGCACGCGCCCGUCGGUUCGUUUAAGCGCGCGCCGCUCGUAUCACGGGCGCCCCUCCCUUUUCUCUCCCCGGCGACUCCGUGCAUGAGCGUCAACAAACACACUGAAGUAUGUGAAUAAGCAGCGGGCCUUCUCUCUCAGAUCAGGAUACGACCGUGCUUUCCUUAAGGACCUCUUUUUUUUGUACAUCAUUCUCCUAAAUAUGUCAGCGGAAUGCACGCGGCGACCGAUUGCUGUUUUAUCGCAGGCCUGAGUGGAGAAUGAGAGUGCCGUGGCUCGGCGUGACUGCUCGGGCCGCUAUGGGGCUGGCAUGAUUGGUCCGGCUAGCUGGCAGCGGCGGGAUUAUGCUGACGUGCGUCCAGCAUGACUCCGCUGGACCUGUGGCUCUCGCGCUCCAUCCCCAUGUGCCUCCUGCUGCAGAGCCUGGUGCUCAUGGCCCUCUGCUUCCCAUCGGCCAGCAUGUGCCCCAAAGGGUGCGUGUGUCAGCGGGCCGAGUACCCGCCCUAUGGCCUCAACGUAACCUGCAGCCUGGCGGAGCUCAAGGAGAUACCGUCGGACCUGCCUGCAGAUACGGUGCUCCUCCAACUGGAUCGCAACCAAAUCCAUGCUGUGCCUGAGCGCGCCUUCCAGGACCUGAGGAUGUUACGCAGGCUGAACCUGUCCCAUAAUUCAGUGGAGACGCUAGGCGAGAGCGCGUUUGUUGGCCUGGAGGCCUCGCUGGAGCUUCUCGACUUGUCACACAAUCGCAUCGUGAGCGUGCACAAGGAUGCAUUCGCACGGCUGAAGGCGCGUGUACUGGUGCAUGACAACCCAUGGCAUUGCGACUGUGCAUUGCAGCAGGCACUCGGCGGCAUGGCACACAAUCAUGAAGCGGCAGCGCGCGUCCUGUGCCGCAGCUCUGAGCUGCGGGACCAGGAGGGACGUCCGUUCCUGGCAGUGGACGCCGAUUUGUGCAACCUGGCCAGACGCACCACCGACUACGCCAUGCUGGUGACCAUGUUCGGCUGGUUCGCCAUGGUCAUCUCCUAUGUCGUCUACUACGUCAGGCAGAACCAGGAGGAUGCACGGCGCCACCUGGAGUACCUCAAGUCCCUACCGAGCAAACCCAGGAAGCCAGACGAACCAGAGGACAUCAGCACCGUGAUGUGACGUCAUUGUUUACGCCAAUAAGGCCUUGACUAAGCGAGUGGAGAAAAAAUAGGGGCGAAAUUUCUGAUUCCGGAGAGCAAUUCAAUCUUAUUCAAGCUAAGACACCAACCAUAGAUGUAGUCUAAUACUUAACAUGUGUCUUCUCUUUUUCCAGUUGUGCAUUACUGUUACAAAGUAUUUAGGUCAGAUUUGUAAUACUUUUCCUAACUCUUCCUGUGUCCACAAGAGAUUUUAACUUCAAAAGUGGCAUUAGUAUAAUAAUCACUAGCUCUUUAAAGAGGAGAUGGUGUAAAUGUCCUGCUUCAGACAUUGGAACGUGUGGUUUUUAUGUUCCAGCUGGUAAAAUGCAAUCAAUAGUCCCUAUAAUAAUCUACCCACAUCUAUAAACAGUUGUUAAACACCUUUAUGACCAGUACAGGUAUUUUGGUAUUCCGAUCUCAGGUUUAAAUGUCGAGAUGACUUUUAAAACCCCAAAAGUGUUUUGUUUUGAAGUUUAAUAGGAAACUUAAUAAGUGGCCUCUUCUAACAGAUGGAUAUACAUGAUAUUGUUCAGGAUGUGGUGUUUAAAAACGCAUGAAAAACAUUUGAUUCCCUUUAAACUCCAUAGACUUUAUUAGCUAAUUGAUAAUCAAAGAAGAAAGGGCACAGUGCUUCGGAAACUGAAAUUGGACGUUUCUUCCAACCUUCUGAAAAAGGUCAUGUUUACGUAAUCUCCAUUACCUCACUGUUGUUAAUCUGUGCUUGUUGAACAGUGUAAUCCUAGAGUGUCAAUGUUGAUUUCUUUGUGCUCCAAAGAGCCUUAGUGGUGAGACAGAGUCAAUAUUUUUUGUCUUGGGUCUUCACAGGCUGGCAGUCAGGCUCGUUAUUGGUGUCUCUAAUAUCCCUCAUGUAUACAACAGCCAUCAUCAACUUCAUAUUAGCCAUCAAUAUUAUGAACAAAGCAGCUGGAAUGAGUAAUGUGUUUCCGUGAAAUGAAUUGCAAAAACGAAACCUCCGGCUCAGACGCCAAUUUCCAUAUUGCUUCCCCGUUCCGGAGGUGAGACCUGCAUAGUAAUUAUGGGAUGUCAUAAGAAGAACGAUGAGGGCAGUGUGGUCAGUCUCUGUAACAUCAUCAUGUGUGUACAGUAAUUUUUAGCCAAAUGUGAAAAGCUAAUUGCAGCUGUCAAUCUCCUGAUGGGCCGUACUCACUGCCACUUCAAUGGUCCAGCAAAAGGGGAAGCAACAAAUGAAACAAUAUUGAGAUAAUAGGUAAUAGAAAGAAGGUGAUGAGGAUGAAUCAAAAAAAUUCAUAAUUCAGUUCCCUCCUUUCUACACUCUCAGAAAAUAAGCACACUAAACUGUACCUUUCCUUGUUGCUUUGGUGGUACUCUCCAAGGUACAUCUUUCGUUAAUUUAGUCUACAUUCACAAUACCAGGUUGACGUGACACAAAUCCGAUUUUCUGCUUUCAUAUGAUACAGAUUUCACACUAAAAUGUGAUGUUUUCAAAUCAGAACUAAACCACAUUUGUAUGUAGUCCUAGAUCGGAUACAGAACUGUUCAUGUGGCUACGCAACAUGAAUGAGAACGAUCAGACUGGACUAUAUUUGGCUUUUUCCUAAUGCACAUGUUUUGGUUGCUGUCACAGAUGUCUAGUGACAGCAGUGAUUAUGUUCAGUGGAAGGACGAAGAAAUUGGUGAUAUGUUUAAGGAUAUUUAGGGAAAUGAAUUGAUUGCUACCGAAACCAAGUAGUUUUUGAAACAAUUGCCUAAGAAAUGGCAAAGCGCAGCCAAAAAUGAAUGUGGCUACAAUGCCAAAGAAACACUCUCCCAUAUAAAUACUCUGUGAAUCCCUCCACAGCGCGGUCCCAUCGUUGUUGGCUCCUGUCCCGAACCCACACAUCGCUUGGCACAGAAGUGCCAGUAAUAGCUGCAAAAACAGCAAAAGCUAGCCAUCUGGCUUUUUUAUUCCCCUUCUCAACCUGAUCAUGCUGUUUGCUGACCUCCAGAGCAAACCGACGCAGAUUUGGGCUAGUAGCGCGUUCAUUUGUUGCUUCUACUGUACUGUGAUGGAUUGUGUCACGAAUAUGACUUUGUUCUUUGUGAUGCAUGUGAAUGAUACAAAAUUGAUAGGCUGUGUGUUUAAAGACAGUUAUGCGAUUACGAAUGGGAACCAAAUGUCAACCGUCAAGAGAGACAGAUCCGAUCUGAGCAAAAAAUCUAAACUGUGCAAUGAAGCUUGCAGUAAGUAACUUUUACCUAGAAAGCUGCAUGUAGUAUACCUUUGAAGCUUUAUUCUAGAAACUAUUUAUGGUCCAUUUAUGUAGCUUAACUCAUCUUUAAAGGUAUAUUAUGUCCACAUUACCAGGUGAAAGAUACAUAUUAAAAGUACAAAAGAUGUACCCUUGGUGGUUCCACCCCACCAACAAAGGAAAGUAGUCUGUUGUACUAUUUUUCUGAGAGAGUUUUAGCUACGAGGUGCUUUAAGCAUAACCCUUUCAAUAAAAAUCCUAACUGAGUGUUUACAGUUCUAUACUGUGUGUUUAGAGUUAACACUGGCGUAAAGACAACGGCAGAUGGAGAUCCCUUUAAAGCAUUGUUGUUGAAUGUUUGUUGCCUUGUCUUGCAGAAGAAGUUCCACAUAUAUACACACACACACCGUGUAGUGCUUAAGAGUGACAGGAGCUGUCGUUCACUGCAUAAUUCACAAUGAAGCACGGUGUAGCCAAGGACUCGGGAGAUUUUUAUAAGUGCCUGAAAUAACUCGUCUUUCAAUAUCCCGUUUGACCGUCAGCCAUACAUUCUGUCAUUCCUGAUUUAAACUCAGCUGAUUCAUGCAUGCCUGGCCUUAGGGACACUUUCUUCUUUCCCAAUGUUUUCUACACAAACACUACAAGAUUUAAAGAGAGAAGGCUGAAGAAAAAUCGUAGAGUGGCAUGUGGAGUUAAUGGCUUCGGCUUCAUUUCCGUCAGAUAAUAGUGGAAGGAAGAAUGGAUGGCAGUGUGAUUUUAUUCCAUUCCUGUUUUACACUUUCAUUUUCCGAGUAUAAUUUUUCUACCUGGCAAACAUCAACCUGUCUUCUGUUUUAAAAUAGUAACUGAUUUUGAAGACCUGAACACUGAAUACCACUGAUGGUACAUCACAUUAGAAGUGCAUGUAGAGGAGAAAAUGAAAUAAUAAAAAAAGACUCUGGCUUGGGGGAAAAUGGUCUCCAUUCGUCUUGUACUGUGUUCAUGAGGUAUUCAUAAAUGCAAAAAAAAAAAAGGCUUCACUAAAUGCAUAGGUUCAUAAUGACACUUUAUCUUGUUAUUGACUUACUCUGUUAUUUUACAUGAAUGUGAAUUAUUUAGUACACUUGUACAGCCAGAGAGCCUCUGGAUGACCUGACAAAUACCCUUCUGGCAGAUUGUGUUUAUAAAGCCACAUGGCACACAUACACUGUGUAAUGGUCAUUCUCAUGUGACAGAGUGUUUUUAUUUUUAUGAAUCUCGUCAGGAAAACAUGUUGAAAUUUGCAUUAGACAGUAAUAGUGGUCCUCAAAUGCAGUACAAAAGAUCAUGAAUAAACCAUGGAGUGAAUGCUGAUAAGGGGGCAGUCAGGACCGAAUUGCGUUUGAAGUGAGACGAGAGCCGAAUUGUCAAUGGUUCACUAAAAGCAUCAAUACGGGACUACAUGAAUGCUGCUGUCUCACUGAUGUUGAUGGCUCACUAUUUGAAGCUGGGUUGCAUAUUAAUAGAGUUUCGGCUAGCUCUGAAUAAUAAAUUACCCUAAAAUUACACUUCGGAUAGGAUCUAUUUUUAAAUCCUGAUCAUGCAGCACCAUGUCGUACCUCAUGGUUAUUGUCCAAAAAGGACAAAUUACAGUCUACCGAUAUGCAGAACAUAUUUCUGGCCUACCAACAGGCAAAGGAUUUACAAAAGAAAUUACUGCAGGAACCAGAAAUUAAGUUCUAAAAUAAACUGUCAGAAGCUAACUUGUGCAGUCUGCCCAAGUCAUGUUUAAAUAUGGAAAACCUUUAUGCUCCAUAGUUACUUAUGUGCAUAUGCUUAUGCAAUUACAGCCUCUUUACAUAAAGACUGAAUGAAUGAGCUUGAUAAAGGCCCACGAUUCAGCACUUUGCUUGUUAUCUCUGCCUUGAUGGCUGUUUAUGCUUCAGAUUUAUGGCAGUAAUUAAGAGCCGUUCUCCUGGAAAGUGUUCUCGUGGGUUUUUGUACAUUUUUGCAAAUGAAAUGAGACAUCAAACAGCUCCUCAUUUGGAGGAUGCCUUAAAAUUUGAAUAAUUCCCAAAGAAGAAUGUCACAGGCCUUCAAAGAAGUGUUACAUAAGGAAUAAAACAUGACAGGGUGUGCUGUUAUAGGAAAAUAAUCAAUGAAAUGGUGAUGUGAUGCAGCCUGACAUGAAGAGGAGUUACUGUUACAAGCUAAAGUUGAUUAUUUUCCUAUAACAGCAUAGGCUAAAGGGGUUUCUUGCUCUUAUACCACACCAAUUUGCCAAUAGUUUAAAUUUGUUUUAUUUAUUAAAGAACAGCUUUACUUUUUAUAUGUUUAUAGCUACAUUUAAUGUUGUGGAUUGUCCAUGAUACAAGUUCUUGUUAUCACUUACAUGAUAGCAGCUAUAAACAGUAGUUUCCUCACCUCUUUCCUUCCUCUUUUUUUCUCUCUCUUCAUGUUAAUUAGACAAACAAAAUGAAGCUUGUUGUGUUACAAUGAAACCACAAUGUCCUCAGUCCUUUCCCAUGUUGGAAAAUGUAAAGUUGCAUUCUUACCUCUGACUGUUAUAAAGUGCUGACACUAGAGACUCCUUCCGAAAAUGCUUAAGAAACAACUCCUAACAAAGAACUUAUAUAUUUCAACGAUUACACGUUAAUCUGUUGUUACUGUAGAAACAAUAGCAUAUCAGAACAAGCUCAUUAAUAUAAACCUGUGGUUUGUAGCUACACUGCUAUAAGAGCUGCUGUUAUAGAAAAAUGUCAGAAUCGUGCAUUCUACAAUGUAAUAAAUUAUGAAACAUCCUGAUGCAAAUACCUUCAAGCAAUGGCAAUGGAUGGACCUCUUACAAUAUAUUGCACAAGGUCCUCAAAAUAAUGAACUAAAGUUGGUUUGACCUUGUAUAUUAAUUCCCUCAUGAUGAUUUUAACUGUUACAGAGAAGUUCAGCAACUCCAUCUUUGUCAUCUUACCCCUGCAGUGGAAAACAGUGUACAGAUGGAUAAAAACCUGCUUCUUUAAGGGUUCUUUGAAUAUUUAAGGUCAUAUCUGGAACUUCUUUUGAUAGGGAAACACUCAGUUGUAGGGUUCUACACAAAAAAAUUAAGGAUUCCUCCAGAAGGACAACAAAUGACCCUUAAGAGCUUGUAAAUUGAACCUUUUUUCUGCGUUCUGUGCACCUGCUCAUGGUUUCAAGGUACUUUGUCUAGAAGAUCAAAAAUAGCAACAUAUAAAAUAUCAGUAUAAAAUUGCUUAAUUAUAUUUUUACAUUAUUCCCUAUAGAAAUAUAACCUUGCCAUACACUCUUAGAAAAAAAAGUGUUUAUGUAUAAACCUAGAACAGAGUGUUACCCUUUUUGAAAUAUUUGAAGUAGAAUCUUUUAAGAAUCUAGAAAGCUUAUUUUAAGAAUUUCUAACAGCAGCUUGACAGAAAUCUUGAUUUUAAUCUAGAAGCCAGAGGUGACAAUGGCAAGGAAAGAUCCUUGGCAUGAGGAAGAAAUCCUGAGAGGAACCAGAAACAAAGGGGAACUCAUCUUCUUCUGGGUGACAUUGAAUAUUCUGUAGAAAAAAAAUGUUUUUGGACGGUUCUUUGAAUAUGAAAGGGAAGCAUUUCUUUAUAGUGUUGGCAACCUGUGAGUGAGUUUUCUUCCCAAUCCAUCCUCCAGAAGGACAAAUAAAAGACAUCUUUAGGGUUCUUUAAGAGUGUAUUUUUAAGAGUUUUUUAAAGAUUUUUAAAGACUAUUCUAGAUUUUUAAGAAUAUUUAGGACUUAAUUACUUAAUUACACUAUACACUGAUACAGUAAAAAAAAAAAAAAAGAAAUACAUUGCAAAUAUACACAAUGUUUGGGCAUGCGUGAGCAGGAGUCUUAAGCAGGCUAUAAUCAUAGCAGCAGUUUUAGGAAAGUUUAGGUUAAAGUUUAGGUUUUUUUAUAUCUAGGAGGUAUACCAAACUAUUACAGGUAAUCAGCCACUAUGAUCAUUUCAUACAUAGUAUGUCAAAAUAAAAUUCAGAACAGUGUCUGAAACCCAAGACUGGUUACGGGGAUGAUAAUAGGAGUGUAUAAAGAUGUGUCUUCUGAGACACAUAUCAUGUGAGUGUUGACAUACAGGUUGUUGUUGUUGUUCAUUGGUCCACAUGUUUGAUUUGAUUUGGUUUUUUACACCAGAUGCCCUUCCUGAAGCAACAGUCCCCAAUUUUAUCCAGGCUUUGUACCAGCAAUGGGAGCACACUGUCUUGUGCAACCUCAGUGGCUGGGGUUGGUUCCCUGGCCAGGAAUCGAACCAGGGCUCCCACAGCCUAACCACUAGGCCUCCAGGGACCCAUUAUUGACAUAAAGGUAUUAGUGUUACAUUACUUCUGAAUAACAGUCCUAUUGAGUGUUUUUAUGUCUAAUGGAUAAAAAGUUUAAAAAUACUAUACUAAUAUGCUCAUUAUGCUAGUAAUACUACGUUAUUAUUGGACUCAUAUUUCUAAAAGCAUCUUACCUGUGGCAACCUUUAGGCAAAAGUAACCUUGCAAGCCACUCAAUAAAAAUGCAUAAAUAUGAAUGUAAAUUCACCUUUAAAAUAAAACAGAAACUUUUAACUGUUAAAAAACUGAAACCUAACUACUAGCUGGUAACUUCA